GCGGGGGAAGGGAGGCGGGUGCUGGACGGGCGCGGACCCAGCCCCGAGCGCGCCGCAAAGUUUGCCCGACGCUGCGCGGAGCGAGCUCCGGGGCCAGGCGGCCCGGCGCCGAUGUGGGUUCCCCCGCGAGCCGGCCUCGUUCCCGUCUCGCUCCCUGGCCCAGAAGAUGGUCAAUGAGCGGUGGAAAAACAUGGGGGGCGCGUCGCAACUUGAGGACGGGCAGCAGGAGAAAUCCCAGAGAAUGAGCUGCGGCUACAUUUUGUGCACCGUCCUUCUGUCUGUGGGCGCCAUCCUCUUCAUGAACCACUAUCACACCCCCAUCACGGAGACUCCGCCCAUCAUCAGCACCAACCCCGAGGAGGCCCACGCCCUGGUCACCAUCGAGAAGGUGGACAGCUCCCGCAUCAACAUCUUCAUUGACCCCAACUGUCCCGACCAGGCCGGCAGCUUCACCCGCCUGGAAGGCUUCCAGUCCUCCCUGCUGCGGGCCAUGACGGACCAUGAUGCUGAGGUGAAGUCGUCCAAGGGGCAGGAGUGGGCCCUGCUGGUCACUGUCGCAGAUGAGGUGGCCAAACUCCUGACCCACGCCACCCAGCUGAGAGCCGACUGUGACAGCCUGAAGAAGGGGCACAACGCCAUGGGGCAGGAGCUCAACGCCCUGCAGAACGAGCAGGGGCGGCUGAUACAGCUGCUCUCAGAGAGCCAGACCAACAUGGCCCGGCUGGUGAGCUCCGUCAGCGACGUCCUGGAUGCCCUGCAGAAGGAUCGAGGCCUGGCCAGGCCUCGGCUCAAGGCCGACUUGCAGAGACCUCCAGCCCGGGGGGCCCGGCCCCGGGGCUGUUCCAAUGGCUCGCGGCCCCGGGACUGCUUUGACAUCUACGCGAGCGGACAACAAGAGGACGGUGUUUACUCCAUCUUCCCCACUCAUUACCCCUCGGGCUUCCAGGUCUAUUGCGACAUGACGACGGACGGAGGGGGGUGGACGGUUUUCCAGCGGCGAGAGGACGGCUCGGUGAAUUUUUUCCGCGGCUGGGAAGCCUACCGGGAUGGAUUUGGGAAGCUGACGGGAGAGCACUGGCUAGGGCUGGCGCGGAUCCACGCCUUGACCACGCAGGCCAGCUACGAGUUGCGCAUCGACCUGGAGGACUUCGACAACGGCACGGCCUUCGCCCACUACAGCACCUUCAGCGUGGGGCUCUUCUCCGUGGACCCGGAAGAGGAUGGCUACCCAGUCACCAUCGCCGGCUACUCCGGAACAGCAGGAGACUCCUUUCUGAAGCACAACGGCAUGAAGUUCACCACCAAAGACCUGGACAACGACCAUUCAGAGAACAACUGCGCCGCCUUCUACCACGGGGCCUGGUGGUACCGCAACUGCCACACGUCCAACCUCAACGGGCAGUACCUCAAGGGCCACCACAGCUCCUACGCCGACGGCGUCGAGUGGUCCUCCUGGACCGGCUGGCAGUACUCCCUCAAGUUCACCGAGAUGAAGACCCGGCCUGUCAGAGAUGAGAAUUAGCCCAGGGGCCCGACCCCUC